CCCUCGAAAAACUAGCUAUAAGCAACCAUGAAGAGUUAAACAGACGUUGGAACAAUCCAAAUAAAGACUGGGAGAAGUUAAUAGAUGACUACUAUACUGAUGAGACUGUAAUACAUCCACCACGUAACCCACCUGUUACUGGGAAAAAGGAUAUCUGUGAGUUUUUGAGAAAAAACUUCCCUACAAUGAAAAUCCAGAUGAGCCUUAGGGAAGCGCAAAGUCUCGGAGAAGACUCUUAUUUGGGCAUAUUCAAUAUUUGUGGAACAAUUGAUGACAAAGAAGUGGACAGGUUCAUAAUUUAUGAAAUAUGGUCAAAACAGACAGGAUCCUGGAAAUUUUCCUCAUACAUUUGGAACAGCAUUAAUGCUAAAGUUGACUAUUAGUAAAGUACAUGUAUAUUUGAUACAAAGCUUACUAUAAAGAAGAACAUGUACUCUUCAAAUUUACUAAAACCGUUGUUAUAGUGAUAUUAUGCUUCUAAAAUAAACAUUCACACAAUGAGUCUUUUGUAAUACUAAUUGUUCUGAAAUAGAGGUGCAAUUUGAAAUGGCUGCAUUAAGAACAAUAUCAUAAAAUUAUUGAACUGGGUAAUAUCUUGUGUUUAUGUUAUGCCAUCAACUAUGUUGAUAUUUAAAAUUUAUUCCUUGAUUUUAAAAAUUCUGAAUGUACUGAAUUAUAUAUUAAAAAUUGUGCUUCUUAAAGCAAUUCAAUUAGACAUUGAGUCUUUUGGUGAUUAUUAUAUGCUUCUAAAAAUAAAAUAUUUGUACUGAU